UCAGGCAGCUACGUCAUCGCCGUGUCGGGAGGAGAGAGGAGAGUUUCGCCCGGUUGUCAUUCCCAGAGGAAGAAGAGGGUGUGAACGAAAUUUACCUGGCCAGCGUUACCUGGUCCGUCGCUGUCGUGACUAAAUGUCGGCCGUCGAAGCCCACCCGCUGUAGGACGUCGUAAACGCUGGCUUCACUCAGGAGUAAAACGGACAAGGCGUUAAAGGAUGCUAAGAAGUUCCUGACUCGUGGCCCCAACAUGAGUGUCACAUCAUGGUUUCUGGUCAGCAGCUCCGGCACGCGCCACCGGUUGCCGAGGGAGAUGAUCUUUGUUGGCCGGGACGAUUGCGAGCUAAUGCUGCAGUCUCGCAGUGUGGACAAGCAGCACGCUGUUAUCAACUACGACGCGAACACAGACGAGCACAUGGUGAAGGACCUGGGGAGCUUGAACGGGACGUUUGUGAAUGAUCUCAGGAUCCCGGACCAGACAUACAUCACCCUUAAGCUUUCGGACGUCAUUCGCUUCGGUUAUGAUGUUCACGUGUAUAUCUUGGAGAAGAGUCAACACAAAGUCCCAGAAGAAGCCCUGAAACACGAGAAGUACACCAGCCAGUUGCAGCUGAGCAUAAAAGCCCUGGAGGCCAAGGUUAAGAGCUCAGAGAAGAACAAAGAUUCUCUUUCCAACGUCAAACUGCAGGACAAAGCGGAGCAUAGAGCUCACUCACUCACAGCUGCCACAGAUACGCCGUUAUCCAAACCUACUCCUCUGUAUGGCCAACCGUCCUGGUGGGGGGAAGAUGAGGACUCAGCCAACAGAAAGAAGAGCAGAAGUGGAAAACUGCCAGAACAGGAGCCUCCAGGGUCUCCAAAAGAUGUGUCCAGAUGUGAGGUCAACGGUUCUCUGUCAGAGAAUAAGUCCAUUUUCUCCUACCGCCGGGAACCCAGCUACUUCGAGAUCCCGACUAAAGAGCUUCAGCAGCAACCUACCAAGAAACCUGAGUCGCAAGUUCAUGAGGUUCCGACAAAAGACACCUCAGAUCCCACCCAGAUUCCUUCCACUCCCACACCCCCUGUGGUCCAAAGCCACGCUUCCUUCACCAUCGAAUUCGAUGACUGCACGCCAGGUAAAAUGAAGAUCAAAGACCAUGUGACCAAGUUUUCUUUCCGCCAGCAACGCAGACAAGCCUCCGCAGAGGUUGUCACCGCACCUACUGAGGUGAUGUCGGCAGAAAACAAAGUUGCUGAUUGGCUGGUCCAGAGCAAUGCCAGUAUGAUGAGGAGGAAGUCACAAGCUGACGUCUUAUAUAGCACAAACAGUGACCCGUCACUUCUGAAGCAUACCAAAGCAAACCAUCCUGAAGAUGGCUCUCACAGUGACUCAGGGCAACCUGCAAUCAAUGGAAACAGUCUUCUUCAACUGGAACCUCCGAUUGUGUCCCAGGUUCCUUCACGAGCAUUAAGAGACUCCCCACCACAACGCUUUGCUUCCCCUAACUCUGAGGAACAUGUGCCCUCCUCUCCACCAGAGUCCCAGUCCCUUUCCAGUGUUGACAAGCCUGAGCCCCACCAAGCCUUUGUUAUUGAAUUCUUUGAUGAUAACGCAAGAAAGAAGCGCUCCCAGUCCUUCACCAGUAACACCCCCCAAGCCCCACCUGAGUCCUUAGGCUUCAGGCUUCAGCAAGAGAAGGCAGAGAAGGCAAGAAAGAGCUCAAGUCCAACCGGGGAGAGACAAGUCCCACCUACGUCGUCAACCACACCCCCAACCCAACGAUACACUAUUCCCCUGAAAGGCUCCGCGUCAACAGGCUUCCCGAGAGCUGGCUCUCUGCGAAGGGAAAAGACAGAAGAACGCAUCAGUACCAGCACCAGCUUUUCCUCUCGCUCUACCUCAUCUUUAGCUUCAAGACCCUUUAGCAGCGUGGGCCGGAGAUCUAAACUCGCUCAAGAAUUUACUGCUGAAUUUCUCAAACAAGCAAAGGGAAACUCUGCUCCCAGCUCGGAGAAAAGCACUUCUAGUUCCCCUAAAACAGUUAAAAAAGGGAUAGUGGUGGUCACACAGUUUGGUCACAGUCCCACCAGCCCUCCUCAGUCUGAUGGUCAUUACCAGCCUCAAACCUCUUCCCCUAUCCUCAAGCCUGUUCCUCUUAAGGCCCCUGUCAUGCCCCAGACAUCUCAGAAUGUGGAAGCCAAGAGCCCCCAUGUCGGCCCCAGAAACGAAGAAGACGACAAUCUGAGUGAUGCCGGAACCUACACCAUUGAAGCAGAUGUUCAAGAUAAAGAGCUGGAAGAGGCGCGCAGCAAGAUCGACCAGGUGUUUGGUGUUGUUGAGAGCCCAGAGCGAACGAACCUGAGUGAAGCAGAAACAUCGUCCGCUUUUAAUCCUGUUAUUGUUCAGGGCAGGGAGCAGCAUAGGCAGAGUAGCAGUGGGGAGGUGAGGACAGCUCCAGAGCAGGGACAGAGUCUGGUAAAGGGGCCUCCUAAAUGGAUGUCUCGCUGGGCCAGCCUAGCAGACAGCUACGCAGAAUCUGGCCCUUCAUCUGGCCUCUUUGACAUCCCUUCCCAGAUGGAACUGUCAGGAGGGGCACCGGGGAAAAUCGCCCACAAGGCCACGCUCAGCCAAAGCCACGAGAUGCCAGACUCUGAUACGCAGGUACCACCGAAGGAGUCAAGUGACGUUCCAGCUCCCAGUAUUCAUGUCCAUUAUGACCCACAUUCAACAUUCAUUAUAGAAAACAAUAGCCUGGUGGCCCCCAGGUCUCGAGAUGGUGUUCAUAGGUUAACAGUGCAGGAUGAUGUAGAGCCUGACAGCCUCAGUGAUGCCAGCAAGUCUGAUGAUGGCUCCAUCAUAGAGCAGAGGGGGAAAUCACUGUCAGACACAGAACAAAAGCAAACUGUGGAUAAGCCCAAACUCUUAGCCAAGUCUACAUCUUUCUAUAUUGGGUCAGAUGAGGUUCCCUGCAAGCAUGAACAUGGAGGUUUGAAACCCAGCACCCCUAAGACUGCGAGAAAAAAUGGGAACAAAAUGUUCUCAACGGCCACUUUAACCAAACAGAGAGGCAAUCAAGACUCUGGAAAAGGCAAGUUUACUGAGCUGCGCCAGGAGACGCAGAGUCCAGAGAGUAAAGAAGGCACAGGAUCAUUAAUCAGACAGGAGAGCUUCACCAAGGAGCGGCCUAGCAAUGCCAGACUUCCCAACAUUUCUAGCCAACCUGUUCUCAGUGAUACAGAAUUAUUCCAGGGUACUAACCGUCAGGACACUCAUUCUUACCUCAAAGACACAGAGGAUGUUCUGGCUGUUCUAGAGGCCAAACUCCAAGCAGGACAAUCAGUGACUACGCCGCCCUCUAUAAUGGACUCUCUUUCUGGUGAGUCUGAUGUGGAUACAUCCAGCACAGUCAGCCAACACAGCAGUAAGACCAAGCAAAACACACUGACGAAGAAAACGUCUGUUAGUGGUGGCCUCCAUAGACAGGGUUCUUCAGCUAGCAUAUCUAGUCAAAACAAAUCCAUAACAUCAGAGAAGCACCGCUCCCGGGGGGCAGAAAGCAGCAACAAGACUGAGUCUUUCAAGAGGCCGCUUGGACUGAGACAUAGUGUAGGGAAACGUGGCUCCACAGACCUAAGUGAUGACCAUCAGAGCUUACCAUACUCUGAUCAGGAGUCUAACAACUACCAAGCAAGCAGGAAAUAUAUUAUACCCCUUCAGAAGGAGGAUGACAAGACUUCCAAAACAUCACAGGGUUUGAGUCGCACCAACAGUUUGUCGGCCCCAAGACCCACCAGGGCCUCCAUGCUCCGCCGGGCUCGCCUGGGAGAGGCCUCAGACAACGAAGGCACAGAGACUGACCGACUGUCCCAGGAAGCAGGCAACACCCAAACUAAGCAGACCCAGGAACCUAAGAAACUCUCCCGGCUGGAUAUGCUGGCCAUGCCUCGCAAGCGGACCAGCUCUUUUAAUACACCCAGUGACAAUGAGGCUUCCUCCACCCCUCAGGGGACAGGCAGGAGCACAGGAUUUUCCAACCGCAGCACAGAGUUAGGCAGCACCUCCACUCGUAGGGCCUCUGCUGCAGGACCUAAGGCCAUAGAAAGGCCACAGAAACCAGCGCUCACCAGAACGCCACUCACUCGUGUACGAUCCACCCCGUCCAAAUAUUCCAGCAGCACAGCGAGCUCCAGGAGACGACAGAAAGGCUCUGACUAUAUCUCUACCUCAGACGAGGAGUACGACUCAAACCAGAGCACUCCUAAACACAAACGCUCCCAACCUUCCUCAGCUUCUCAUGGCUCUCGCAACCCGCCUCGGCCCCAGCCGGUGGUUGCCCUGCGUACCAAAUCCCGCAGCAGAGAUUCUGAAGAGGAGACCCAUGAGGGAGAGGCGUACCACAACUGGUCCACCCACAGUGCUGAGAUUGCACGUUUGAGUCAGGACCUGGCCAAAGACUUGGCUAUCUUGGCCAGAGAGAUCCAUGACGUAGCAGGUGACGGUGAUCACAAUCCUGAGGUGGAGUGCAGCGCACCUGUGUCCACUGUGACCACUCAUGAAAAGCUGGUUCAGUGUAUUCCAGAGGCUGGACUCAACUACCAUCGAGUCCCACAAAGUUCUGCAGCUACAAGGGAACCUGACCAGAGCUCGAGUGACCAGGAAGAGAGCUCCAGACAACCAGAUAGGAGCAGGGACGAGGUCGUUGUGGACAAUUUGGUCCUGAAUCCUUUGUCCCAGAUCAUCGUGGCCAUCAGAGAAAACACGGAGGAACUUGCUGAUAAAAUUAAGGGCCUGUUCCAGGACAGGGUGGAUGUCUGGGGAGAAAUCGAGGCAAAGGUUAAUUCUGACAAUGAUGUCCCUGUUGUAAAAACUUCCAGUAAGGAAAUCAAAUCUAUCAUGAAAGAACUCAGAAGAGUUCAGACACAGCUUGAGGUGAUUAACACAGUCAUAGAGCCCAGUGGGCAGCCUGAACCUACAAAGACCUCCCAAUCCUCUGGAGUGCGUUCAUCCAGACCCCCGUCCACGCGAGACUGGAGAACAGUCCACUCGGUCACCAAACGUGGCGGCGGCCCGAGGCCGGGCGAGAGUGUCAGGAGAGCAGCUGUGGCACCGGACGAUGUCAGAGAGGGAUAUUUAGUCUGAAAUCUGACACAAAUAACACACAGAGGUUCCGCCAGUGCUGAACUUCUGCUAUAACCCACAGGUGCUUCACCGUGGCACUGAAUGAAACCAGGAGGGGGGAAGUGAGACUGAACACGGUGCACAUACAAACAUUGAACACUACUGCUGCACUGUGAGCACCGCAAACCUACGUAGUGUAACACAAAGUGAAGUGUGCUCUAAACUGAGUGGGGGGGGGGCAGUGUGUGAGGUGAUGAUUUGAGGAAGAACCACUCUGAUAUUUCCGUAAAUUUUACCUUCACCUGCAAAAGGCAGCAAAGCUGAACUUGAUUCUGUGCUAUCCUCAUUAUUUGCCAAUAAUAUGACCAAGAUCGCUGAUUUAAAGGGCUCGUUGUAAUUACUUGGUUUAACUGAAAACCAGCCUGGGCAUAAUCAUCUCAGGGAAAUCUAUGAAGACAUCAGAUAUUUGCGUUUAGUGACAAAUCAAAUAUCAGUUCAUUAAUAUUCAGUAGACGGGAGCUGUAGGUAAAGCUUACAGAUGAUUGUGUACUUCUACUCUCAGUACCCCCUUUGCAUUUCCACAUAUAUACACGUUUCCUUGUCACUUUUCCUGUUUGUGGACCAGAUUUAUAGAAGAAUGUAAAAAGUAUUUAUUAGUGGUCUUUUGUGACACACUGGUAUUUUUGGAACUGACACUAAAUGACUUUGGCAGAGAGUCGGUCGCCUUUGAUUCCAUUGUUAUAUUACACAGAUGCUACAAGCCAAUGCUGCAUGUGUGUGUGUGUGUGUGUGUUCUGGUAACAGUUUCCUCCCAGCAGAUGAAUGAAAGCUACCUGUUAAGUCCAGCAGAGAGUGUAAAUCCCUCAAGAAUGCGGAAUCUGAAUAGAAGGAGUGGCUCACGGGACAGUUUAGUAACCUGGCAGUCUCUAAAUCAAGUGACUCUAAAGUAUAACUGGUUUUCAAUCGUGCCAGGGCCAUUAUCUUUCGGAAAAGGUGUGUUUUUUUUAUUCAGGCCAAAUACCUUUGGGAGCUUAAAAUUUAUUCUUUGGUUUAUUGUUUUCCAUUCCUCAAAGGCAGCAGCUCAGAAGUACAGCCAAAGACAAUCAUAAAACGACUGUCUGUUUUUGACUGAGCACAUGACAGCACACUUAUUAUACACGCUAUCUGUGGUUAAAAAAAAAAAAAAAAAAAGGUAUUUCCAUGGUGUCUUUUGAGUCACAAGUUCCCUUCUGUGAUGACCUCAAAUGACAGUGGAAGUAAUUUUAGGGUUCGUGUCGUCCUAAGUGUCUGUAUCUGUAAACCCCGAUCGUUAGUAGUUGUCUGUACGUCCUACAAAUUACCUCUCAAUCUUGUCUUUUGCACUAAGGUAGUACAAACAUGGUCCCUAGAACCUGAUAUGCUGCAAACAAAGCUUUUGCUCUCCCAUGUGAGGUUGUUGGCAUCUGAUGCUGAAGCGGGGGCGAAACGGGCAAAACGGCACAUCAGCAAGUUUUUGUUUUCCUUUCCCUAAUCCAUGCACAUGUGACUAUAACUGGGAACUACAUAGAGGCCCCGUACAGCUGUGUGGUGGGAUGAUGCGUCAUGCAGCCAAGUAUGGUGGUUGUUUACAAGCUCAAGCAAAAAUCGAAUGUCUUUCUUUCUUAAUGUAUUGCUGCUAUUCUUCUUCUCUGGGAUAGUAUUUUUCCCUUUGCUUUAUUCUAACUCAGUCAGAAAUUUAAAAAAAAUUGUGUCAAAUGUUUAUCCUUUUUAUGAUAUUCAGUUUCUGUUUCCUUUCACCCAAAGUGGUUGUAAUUUGUUAGCUGGUAUUGAUGUGUGUAUAUUUGUGUAAGUUGUUAGAUGAUGAUUCUUCUGUUUUGUUUUUUUUUCUCUUUUUUUUCAAAUAAAUAUUUGAUUAGCAGA